CUCCCCCCGUUCUUGCAGGUGCUCUUUGUGUUUAGGUGAACCUACAGUUCAGGUAGGUUACACGCCAUGGAUCGUGUUUCCUUAGCGUUAGCGUGGCAAUGAGAGUGAAGAGUGUAUGGACAGUUCUGCAUGUGUGAAAGGUACGCUCCUGAAAAACUUCAGAGAUGUGGCGCUUUCAUUCCUAACACUGAAGACCUCCCUCUUCCUCCCUGUGGACCAGCUACUGGCUGGAACCCAACACAGCACACUCCUAUCUCUGCACUUAACAUUUCAUUGCGGUUUUAUGUACUUUCUGGCUCGAGUCCAAAAACAAAACAAAUUUUUAAAAAACUCAAUUAAAAGCAACAAGUGCUAUUUAGCACUUGCUGCUGCUGCUUUGUGUUGCUCUGUGGUGUCACGGCAGCGCAGCAGGGGCGUCAUAGCGAUGUUUGGGAAUGUUUUCCCUUGGCAUUGUCAGUUGGUCACUUCCUUUCGGCUGGCUGGCUGGCAGGUCAGUCUAGCUGCUGAGGUAGAUGGCUUCGACUGAAAAACUUACUCAAACUGAGAAAAAAUAAUUUGAAAUGGAGCCUUCCUCAUCAGAAGCUUCAUGUGGUUCUGACCUGGACGAGGGAGUUGAUUCGUCAGACUCGACUUCUCGCUGUCCACUGUGUGACAAAAGCGCAACUAGUGAUGCUGCCUUUGGAUGUCCAGUACAAGAAAGGUCUUUACAAGCUUUGACCAAGCAACCCCGGUCAAAAGAGAGUGUCUGAAUUCAUCUGAGGAGAGCUCUGGCAAAGGCGAUGCCUCUACAAGCUUCCACUUUCUGAAGAAGCUCUGGCACGUUGUUGAAAGCGGCCACUUUGAGUCCAUUUGGUGGGGGGACAACGGAGAGUGUGUAGCGAUUCGUGAAGAAUUGUUUGAAAAGGAAGUACUAGCAAGGAGAGGAUGUUGGAGAAUUUUUGAAAGCAAGAGCAUGGAAAGCUUCACUCAUUGCCUCCAGCUGCACGGAUUCACCAGAAAGCUGUGGGAUUUUCCAAAACUGGGCUCGUGCUAUGACCUGCUAAUGGAAGAAACAGCUAGGGAGUUUCAUUUCUACUCCAACCCAAAUUUUAGAAGACGUUUUCCACAUCUGCUAAUGAAGUAUGAGCAAAGCUGUGGUCCAAAACAUCAAACACCAGCAGGACUUUCACCAGGCACACGCUUGCACGUGCGCUGCCGGAGUAGAAAACCAGCGGUUGAGCCUGCGUGGGAAACCACUUCUGAGGGGGAGAACGGUCCGCGCUCAGCAGGUGCAAAGGGGAACACGCACACCUCUGCACGCCGGAGGACCGCACCUGCCAAGCGACGUGCCAGGGCAGCUACCCGAGCCAGACGUGCCUCUGCGCCUGCACGCACCGCUGCUCUGACCAAUUCAGCGGGAGGCAGGGAGCAGCCGCGUCCUCUGGCCCCCUCCCUUCGGCCGCAGCACAGCAGCCCCGGCGCGGCUGGCGGCCUCAGUGCCGCUUCUGCUGCCCCUUCACCAGGUUGCACCACGCUGGCCGUGCCCAGCAACCCCUUUCCACCAGGGCUGCCACCCCGCACCUCUCUGGCUGCGCUGGCACCAGCUGCUGCUCCAUCUGCCAAGGCCACCUCAGGGCCAAGCUCUGCCACACGACUGGCACGCGUGGGCCCAGCGGCAGAGCUGCAGGCAAUGGCCUUGGACCCCAACCCAGGGCAUGCUAGGUACCUUCUACAGGUUGUGUAGUCCAAGGCAAUAGGGUCUCUUAAGGGUUCCAAUAAACUACCUGAAUACAAAGCCUC